ACGAAACUUAGGCUACUGUACUAGUAUUCCAGAGUGACGAUACUCAUCCUUUCGCUUCAUAUAGGGACGCCAACUGGUAGUAUUGUUGUAAAUGUGUCAACUUCCAUAGGCUACUUUAUACUUCUGCUUAAUACAAACAAUUAUCGUACCUGGGCAGGGAACGCGCGUAAUAUUAACACAUUUUAUAGCUGGGCAGGGAACGCGCAUGGUGUGACAGCAGGCCAGCACACAAGGUGUUCAUUAUCAGUGUGGCCACCUGAGCAUUGUUGCUUUAUGUGCUGGUGCAACUUUACAACUAUUGAAAUGAGCUCCAUUUUAACCAAACUACUUCAACUGGAGUGCCGCUUCACCUGGGAUUUGAGGCAAGAUGACAUGGAUAUUGAUAAUCUGCAGACCAGGCUCAAGGACCAGAUUGAGUUAGGUCUCGGGAAAGAGGCAGGGGUUGCACGGACAUUCAGCAAUCUGGCCUACAUCAAAUAUCUGAAGGGUUACCCAGAAGAGGCAAUGGAUAACUUGUUAAAGGCUGAGGAGCUCACGAGAGAGUACCAUGGUGAGGACUGUGAGAAACAUCUCAUUGUCCCCUAUGGAGACCUUUGCUGGUUACAUUACCAUGUGGGUGAUUACAUCAAGUGCCAGAGUUACUUAGAGAAACUGGAGGAGAUGAAAGAGAAGUUUCCAACUAGUUCCACAUCUGUCCUCCAUCCUGAGGUCUAUGGUGAGAAGGGUUGGACCUUCCUCAAGUUCUCCUAUAAAUACUAUGACAAAGCACUAGAAUGCUUCAAGAAAGCUCUGGAGCUGGAGUUUGAGGAGAGUGAGUGGAAUGCAGGUUACGCCAUUGCAUUGUAUCGUACAGAAAAAGAGCUCUCAAGUGUUAAUGACUCACCAGCUAUUAAACAACUGAGACGUGCCAUAGAGAUUAACCCACAAGACGCAGUCCUCAUGGUCCUUCUGGGUCUGAAACUGUCUGUCUAUAAAAUAUUUGGGGAGGCAGAGGAGUUGGUGGAGAAAGCUCUGGAUAUGUCCCCAGACUGUCCGCACGUGACACGUUAUGUAGGGAAGUUUCUCCGACAGCAGGGGCACGUUGACAAGUCCAUUGCUCUGUUGAACAGAGCACUACAGCGUACAAGCCAGUCUGCCAUAAUACACCAUCAAUUGGCUCUCUGCUACAAGAGGAAAAAGAUCUCAGUAUGCAAGAGUGGAAGGUUCCAUGGUAAGGGGGCUGAGAUCCAGCAGCUACUCCGUCAGUGCAUUCAACAUCUGGAGAUGGCUACUUCACUGAAGCCUUCCUUCAUCUAUGCCAUGGCUGAGCUGGCACUGCUCUACGGAGAGGAUAAAGACAUCACCAAGGCAGAGGAACUGUUCAAGAAAACCUUUGAGAAAGCCCUAGCUAAGAAUGACAGUCUGCAGGUGGUCAACUUGAACUAUGGCCAGUUCCAGCAGUAUCACAACAAAUGUGAACCUCUGGCCAUCAAGCACUACACAGAAGGUUUGGAACUACAGAAAGACACUGCCAAUGGGAAGAGUUGUGCGCAGAAACUGAAGAUGAUCGCAGAGAGGCGCAUCUCCCAAGACCCCAUGGAUGGAGAGGCCUGUGGUAUUCUGGGGUUUGUCUAUAGAAUGCAGGGGAAUAAAGAACAGGCCGUACAGUGGUAUGAUAAGGCUGUUGUGCAUGAUUGUAAUGACAAAUACCUCUCUGCACUCUGUGAACUUCGCCUGUCUCUUCAGCAAUAAUACUCCGGAGUCAAACAUGAAUCUGCACUCUGUAAUCUAGUAAUAAAGCCUGAAAGUGUGCAUGCAUCCACUUAAAUCUUUGUUAGACUUAGUUUAAAUUCUCCCUGAUUCAAGAUUGAUAUGAUUUAGCAAAGUAACAAAAAAAAUGAAAUUGAUAUGUUUGUGUGUGGAAAUAUGGUUUGGGUCAUUUGAAGAUAUAGUUAUGAAAUUUAAAUAUAUUAUUGUAUUCUACAUGCGCUUUUAGGUUUACAGGCAUUUACUGCACUUUUAUUCACAACACGCUUUUGUUUAUUUUUGCAUUUUCCGAUUAAGAACAUUCAAAACAAAAAGUAGAAGAUAUUGGACAACAAUAUAACAAAGUGACAAUAACCUUUCAAGACGACAGACAAGAAUGUGAGUGAAAUAAUAUAUAUUUUUUAAAGAAUAAGACAUGGGCCGUAAGCUACCUAUUAUACAUUAAGUGUGAAACAUUACGUGAGGAAUAUAUAUAGAUGCACUCAAUGUGAUGUAAGGGGAGAUUCUCCAUAUAAACAAUUAAAGGUUGUAAAAUGUC